AGAAUGUCAAUUUUGGGAGAAGAACAGACAUUUUGCUCCAGAAAUGGCUGACGGAAACUAGAAAUCCAACUCGGCCAUUUUUUCUCCAUCAAUUCACACAGUCAUGGCCCUCUCUAAACUGGCCAUGGCGGCAGUGUUUUACAGGUCCAGAACCCUUUCAGCGCCGCUCCUGAGUUACUUGGCUUCUCCUCUUCAUUUCUCCCUCCCGCCUCCACCGCAGCCGCCGCCGUUGCAGGUUGCGCCGCCCCGUCAAUAUUUUCAACUGGUGGGGCAGUCGUCAAUUCGGUUCUACCAUGACGGGAGACCAAGAGGGCCUCUCUGGAGAGGGAAGAAAAUGAUCGGUAAAGAAGCUUUAUUUGUGAUACAGGGCUUGAAGAGAUUCAAGGACAAUAGUGAAAAGCUCGAGAAAUUCGUGAAAACCCACGUCCAUAGGCUUCUUAAGCUGGACAUGAUCGCUGUUCUCAAUGAACUUGAACGCCAGCAGGAGGUUUCUCUUGCUACCAAGAUAUUCAAAGAAAUUCAGAAGCAAGACUGGUACAAACCUGAUGUCUAUCUCUAUAAGGAUUUGAUUGUCACUUUAGCUAGAAGCAGAAAGAUGGAAGAAGCAAUGGAGUUGUGGGAAAGCAUGAGAAAGGAAGAUCUCUUUCCCGAUUGCCAGACAUACACUGAAGUAAUUCGAGGUUUCUUGAGAUAUGGAUCACCUGCAGAUGCAAUGAACAUUUAUGAAGACAUGAAGAAGUGUCCAGAACCACCGGAAGAGUUGCCUUUUAGGGUUCUGUUGAAAGGUCUUCUACCACAUCCCUUAUUGAGGAAUAGAGUUAAGCAAGAUUUUGAAGAAAUCUUUCCUGAUAGAAGUAUUUAUGAUCCUCCUGAAGAGAUAUUUGGACUUCGCUGAGGUUGUGCCCCUCCAUUACUAACAUACUUUACUUAGUGUCUUUGACAAAUUUGGUUUAUGAUAUCAUUACUAGUAGUAGAAACUCUUCUAAUGAUUUCACUUGUGGAGCUUCCAUGUGCCUGCUUUGAGACAGCACUUACUGGCUGGAAGAGUAGUGUUAUUGCUGUCUUAAGCUAGAGGCUGCCCUUCUCAUUUUUAUGACGUUCUGUGAUGGCCUGUUUUUCACUUGUUUCUGUUUGUGUGAAUGUUUGUUUGCACACUCCAUGGAUAGGGAAGAGAUGUGUUUGGUGGGAUAUCCAGCUGCUCCAAUGUAUUAACACUUAAACUGAUUUUCACUUGCGUUUUUUUCCUUCUCUAUGUGCAUUUGAAAGUUAAAUCUGUGUCUUAAUAACUUAAGAGUUCCCUAGCUCUUUCCUCGUCUCGUGAUUAAAUGAUUAACCCUACAUAAGCUUCACUUUGUGGUUUGUUUUGCAUAUCACCAAUUACCCAUUAUUAAUGGAGAUCCUAUCAUUUUAAAUGAGGGAAGUCUCUGUAAAUUAAAUCUCACAGUUGGCUUUAUAUUAUGUCGCCUGAUUCCGUAUAUUUUCCGGCUAACCCUUCC